CACAGACAUCUGAGAGAGAGAGAGAGAGAGAGAGAGAGAGAGAAUCCACGAUGAAUGGUGACGCCAGUAGCGCGGCGCUGUCCAAGGGCCCCGGGGGGGCCGGCGGUCUGCGGGCGGGGGACAAGAUGGAGGACAAGGGCGAGGAGAAGAUGGAGGAGCGGGGCCAGUGGGGCAACAAGAUCGAGUUCGUCCUGUCGGUGGCGGGCUCCAUCAUCGGCCUGGGCAACAUGUGGCGCUUCCCCUACCUCUGCUACAAGAACGGCGGAGGUGCCUUUCUGGUGCCAUACCUCAUCUUCCUGUUCACCUGCGGCGUUCCCGUGUUCUUCCUGGAGAUCGCCCUGGGCCAGUACACCAGCCAGGGGGGCAUCACCUGCUGGAGGAAGAUCAGCCCGCUGUUCGAAGGCCUGGGGUACGGUACCCAGGUGAUCGUGGCCCUGCUGAACUUCUACUACAUCAUCGUGCUGGCCUGGGGCAUAUUCUACCUGUCCUACUCCUUCUCCUGGGACCUGGCCUGGUCCAGCUGCAACAACACCUGGAACACAGUGAAUUGUGUGGAGUUCCAGAGAAGGAACGACCUCAUCAACACCACCGUCGACCCCAAUGCCACCUCGCCUGUUCUCGAGUUCUGGGAACGCAGAGUGCUGAGGAUCUCCCCGGGUAUCGAUCAGAUGGGCUCUCUGAACUGGGACCUGGCCCUCUGCCUCUUCAUCGCCUGGAUCAUGUGCUACUUCUGCAUCUGGAAGGGCGUCAAGUCCACAGGGAAGGUAGUGUACUUCACCGCCACCUUCCCCUACAUCAUGCUGAUCGUGUUGCUGAUCCGCGGGCUGACUCUGCCCGGUGCCGCCAUCGGGAUCAAGUUCUACCUCUACCCGGACCUGGGCCGGCUGGCAGACCCUCAGGUGUGGAUGGACGCUGGAACCCAGAUCUUCUUCUCCUACGCCAUCUGUCUGGGUUCUCUGACGGCUCUGGGAAGCUACAACAAGUACAACAACAACUGCUACAAGGACUGCCUGUACUUGUGCUUCCUGAACAGCGCGACCAGCUUCAUCGCCGGCUUCGCCAUCUUCUCCAUCCUGGGCUUCAUGGCCUACGAGCAGAACGUAGACAUCUCCGAGGUGGCGGCCUCCGGUCCCGGUCUGGCCUUCAUCGCGUACCCCCGAGCCGUGUCCAUGAUGCCCUUCUCUCCCGUCUGGGCCUCCCUCUUCUUCAUCAUGAUCGUCUUCCUCGGCCUUGACAGCCAGUUCGUGUGCGUGGAGAGCCUGGUGACGGCCAUCGUCGACAUGUACCCCAGCGUGUUCCGGCGGAAGAACCGACGAGAGCUCUUCCUGUUGGCCGUGGCCACCGUCUCCUUCCUGGUCGGAUUGAUCAUGCUCACGGAGGGGGGGAUGUACGUGUUCCAGCUCUUCGACUACUACGCUGCCAGCGGCAUGUGUCUCCUCUUCAUGGCCAUCUUCGAGACGGUCUGCAUCGCCUGGGUCUAUGGUGCCGACCGUUUCUAUGACAACAUCGAGGACAUGAUCGGCUACAGGCCGGGCCCCUACAUCAAGUACUGCUGGAAGUUCUUCACCCCUGCCACCUGCAUCGGCACCUUUUUGUUCUCCAUCAUCAAGUACACCCCUCUGAGGUACAACAACGUGUAUGUGUACCCGUGGUGGGGCUACUUCCUGGGCUGGUUGCUGGCUCUCGCCUCCAUCGUCUGCAUCCCACUCUGGAUGGUCUACAAGAUCAGCACCACUAAGGGAACAAUGAGAGAGAGGAUCCAGUUCUUGGUGACUCCGGCGGACGACCUGCCCAAGACAAAGCGCGAGCAGCAGGACCUCCUCGCCAUCUUCGCCCCCGACGACGAAGGCGGCACUGUCAACCAUCGCGGCUACCUCCCCGUGGCGGAGGACGACACCGCCAUUUAGACCCCCCGCACCACCACCAGCAACGUCUCUCCAGGCGACCGAGGGGUCUGUCUGACCGGUGGUCCGCAACGUGCCCUCUCUCUACCGCGGAGGACGUUCGGUCGAGGAGGAGGUAGUGUGCGGACUCGUUUGUGGUUCGGAGGGGUUAUUGGAGUUAUCGGACGGAAAACCUUCAUAAGGACAUCAUGGCUCGCUUCAAUCCUGUGUUAACUCUGCAGGGACGUGAUGUAAAGAAACACUUUGCUCUGUAAACGUCUAAACUUAAGUGUCAAUAUUAACUUCUCAGGCAAGGUGUAUUCAUUAUUAUCAUUUUUUCGACACUAUCCAUUGUCGCGAUAGUUGUCAAUCUAACAUGAAUUGCAAGUGUUUGAUUUAAAAGUCACUGAUUAUUUCGUUUAACUGUGAUGUUAAAGCUAAGCAUAGUAACAGUAAGACUAAACGUCAUGCAGUGAUUUAUUGAGAGAUACCAGUUCAUAUUUUACGAAUGCUGUAAAUCUGUAAAAAAUAUUGUCAUGUUCAACAGAUUGUAUUGUACUUGAGGAUUUGUUGUAAAAUAUGUCAAACCACUAUGUAGCCUAUUCUUGAUAUGCCUGUCAAGGACAAAUACACUCGAUAUUUUAUUAUACACUAUUGUAAUACAUGAAAAACUAACAUGAUGUACAAGCUUUUUUUCUAAGAUAGUAUGAUUGCGCAAAGUAUUGUAAAUCAUAUUUCCUGUUGUGA